AUGAGAGAUUUAAAAUACCUUUCACGGAUAUAUUAUCGAUUAGAGGUGAUGAUGAUGGUGAUGCUGAUCGUUUCUUGGAGGUGUGUUUUGGGAUUAGAGAACAUUAAUCCUAUAUUCUUCGAUGAAGGUCUUUCUCAUUUGUUCGGUGAAUCUAACCUUAUUCGAUCUCCUGACGAUCGCAGCGUUCGAUUACUCCUCGACAAAUACACCGGGUCAGGAUUCAUAUCUUCAAGUAUGUAUCAACAUGGAUUCUUCAGCUCGUUAAUAAAGUUGCCGGGAGCUUACACGGCCGGUCUUGUAGUUGCCUUCUAUACAUCAAACGGCGAUGUGUUUGUGAAGAACCACGACGAAUUAGACAUAGAAUUUUUAGGGAACGUAGAAGGAAAGCCAUGGCGGUUUCAGACAAAUAUGUAUGGAAACGGUAGCACAAACCGUGGCCGCGAAGAACGUUACCGUCUUUGGUUUGAUCCUUCUAAGGAGUUUCACCGUUAUAGCAUCCUUUGGAACCCUACCAAAAUAAUAUUUUGGGUAGACGAUGUGCCAAUAAGAGAAAUUAAAAGAAAAGAAGAAAUGAAAGGAGACUACCCACAGAAGCCAAUGUCUCUUUACGCAACCAUUUGGGACGCCUCAAGCUGGGCUACUUCCGGUGGAAAAUUCGGUGUCGAGUACACAUUCUCACCAUUCGUCUCCGACUUCAAAGACAUUGCUCUCGACGGUUGUAAUGUCUCUGAGUCACUCACCACCGUCACCAGAGAUAACUACAACAACAUCAAUUGUUCUGCCUCAGACCAACUUCUCAUGACCAGCGAUUACUCAACCAUUAGUCCUAAACAAGGAGCUGCAAUGAGACGGUUCCGAGAACGUUACAUGUACUAUUCUUAUUGUUAUGACACUGUACGAUACGCUGUGCCUCCCCCGGAGUGUGUGAUUUUGACAGCUGAGAAGGACCGGUUUAGGGAUACAGGACGGUUGAAGUUUGGUGGUAGUCAUACUAAGGUGCAUAGAGCACGAAAAAGACGGAAGCGGAACCGGUCCACGCCGGUGGUAUCGGCUGAACUAUAG